AUGGAAACUAAACAAGUCAACAAAUUCGGUAGAAGUUAUUCUCAAGGAGUCGCUCUCGAUCAAGAUUUGAAAUGUUUAAUUGUUGAUAGCAUUAUAAAAGAGGGGGGCGAUAGAGCCACGGGUUAUAUUCCUUGUACUUUUGCGAAGUUAUCAAGACGGUUUUGUGUGUCGAGCAAGGCUAUAAAAUCUGUGUGGCACCGAUUUUGUGAGGAAAUGACAACGACGCCGAAAAAAAAAGGAGGCAUGACACACAGUAAAUUGGAGGAAGGCGACCUUGAGUUGAUCGAAGUUUUAAAAGUUCAUUCGCCGUCAAUCUCACUCUCUGAAAUUAUACAAGAGUUACCAGCACUAGAAAUUUCUAUGUCAGCUAUCUCGCGGGCCAUUAGAAAUAGGCUACCUUCAGGCGAACAAUAUACGAGGAAAAAACUCACUAGAUUGGCAAGAGAGAGAUUCACUCCGGAAAACAUGUUCUAUACCCAGCUUUUCAUCAAUUACCUUUCGUCAAAAGAUCCGUAUAGAUUAAAAUUUUUUGACGAAGCUGGGAUAAAAAUUCCUUGUGUUGGAACUAGAACAUACGGACACAGUGCUAAGGGGACACGCAGUGUUGAAGUGGUCAGAAAACACGAGUCCCCCAAUAAAACAUUGAAUAUGCUUGUUUCUCUUGAUGGCCCAGUUUACCACAACAUCGUUAACGGAGGCACCAAUACUGCUCCGUUUUCUUAUGUUUUUUGA